CCACGUAAGUUCACGUCUGGAAAUAUGUCUGCCCCCAUAGAAUAGGAUCAUUUCGAACUAGCUGAAAUGAUUAUUGCAUUUACUGUAGCUAAAAUUAGCCUAAGACAUAGACUAGAUAGCUAAAACCCAAGCACAGAUCCCGGACGAGCUGACAAUGGUCGUAGCUGACGCCGGCACCAUAAUCUUCCGCGUGAGAGGGGGCUUGGAGUUAACUUGUCAGCUGGACAACGCAGAUGGGUCUCAUGUUCAGCAGGCCUUGUCAAGGGCAUUUAAGAGCCUCAGCUCAAGAGUGAGAUCAGAGUCCCUGGUCUUCAGCGUCUCAAACAGCUCUGUUUUCAUUUGGCCUAACAAAGCGGUCCACAUUAUUCCGGAGGAAGUGACAGAAGAUACUCCCUGCAGAGAUAUCCAGCAGCACAUUCAGGUGGAUGAAAAUGAGAGUAGCAAGAGGUCAUCUAAAAAGAAAGACAAGAAGAGUCCCACCACAAGCGUCAUCAACAUUGACCUGAUGAUGGAGGUGACAGGACCUGCUCCCCUGGCUGCUGCCAGCCUCAGCAGGGUGAACAGGAAGCACCAUUUUGUGCGCAUGACUCUGCCGGUAGACUGUGCAGCCCUGGUUCAGAAGGACGACAGCAUCGGAGCUGUGUCUGGCCGCCUGGUGGGGGCGCUGUGUGAUCAGCUGACAGACAUGGAGAAGGUGGUCCUGCAGCACUCGAAGGGAACGUCCCUGCUUGUGCCCCAGCCCUUCCACUUCCUGCUCCCUGAGCCGGCUGGCCUGGUCACUGUGGUCUACCCUGCUGGGGUACCGGACAGCCAACUGGAGUCUGUCCGGAAGGACCUGCACCGGAGGUUCGAGCUGCCAGAUGAUAGGCCCUAUUUGAGACGGGCCAACGCCUUCCAUUUCCCGGAUGAGCCCUACAAAGAUGGCUAUCUCCGAAAUCCCCACACCGCCCUCAACCACCCCAGCAUGGAGGAUGCCAAGCCGUACCUGGUACAGGGGGUGUACAGCUACCACCACUACAUGCAGGACCGCAUGGAUGACAACGGCUGGGGCUGUGCAUAUCGCUCCCUGCAGACCAUCUGCUCCUGGUUCCAGCAGCAGGGCUACGUGGAUCGGGACGUGCCCACCCACAGGGAGAUCCAGCAGGCCCUGGUGGACGUCGGGGACAAACCCGCUGCUUUCGUGGGGUCACGGCAGUGGAUCGGCUCCAUCGAGGUGCAGGCUGUGUUAGACCAUCUGCUGGGCGUCACAUCGAAGAUUCUGUUUGUGAGCCAAGGCUCGGAGCUGCCAUCAAAAGGGAGAGAACUGGCCAACCACUUCCAGACAGAGGGAACGCCUAUAAUGAUUGGAGGGGGAGUGCUGGCCCACACCAUUUUGGGAGUGGUGUGGAGUGAGACCACAGGGCAGAUCAAGUUCCUUAUCCUGGACCCGCACUACACUGGCGGGGAAGACCUGCAGAUUAUCACAGACAAGGGCUGGUGUGGCUGGAAAGGGCCAGAGUUCUGGGAUCAGAAUGCCUACUACAAUCUCUGCAUGCCCCAAAGACCCAAGACCAUAUGA